AUGGCAACCCCCAUAAGUUCCAUAGAUCCAACCGCGGAUGAUCUUAUCUUGCUGCAAUCUGUCGCUGCCAGCCUUGGUGCCCCAAUAUCGCGUUUUUUGGAGGAAUUUCUCGGACCCCGGAUUAUAGAUGACCCACCAUCUGCACGCCCCCAGACUGAAUAUACCAAAGAACAGUUUUCCCUUUUCCUAAAAGCGGCAGCUACGUUGAAGAUUCCGAUAUGGCUGUUUUUGGGGAAAAUAUCAAUAUUCACUAGCACAUGCACGGAUGAUAGUACGGCUACAAGUUCUGCGACUUUAGGGUCGUCGUCGCCUGAACCGGCACAAUCUAAUGCCGACCUUAUACAAUUUUUAAAUAUUCAACGUGAUGAUGUUAUUCACCCCGCUUCGGCUUCCAGUAUCGAGCCGCUAGUGAACACACAUAGCAGUACUAGUAUUAGUGAACAGGGCGGCGGUACACAUCAGGUUCCGAGUUUCAGUCACAGUUCCACAGACCUCCAACCACAUUUAAACAGUUUCACCGAUUUCCCCGGCUUAUUUCCCAGUAUUGAACCGGAUCUCGAUCCAGCUGGUAUUGAAGGGAGGGGUGGGAUUGAUGAAGCGCAGUGGAAUGAAACCUCAAAUAUCGAUAUAGGCUUCGGCGAUGAAAACUUGAUCGACGAGCUCGAGUUCGGUAGUGGAGCUGGGGAUCCUCUCAUCUCUUUUGAUGACCUUUGUCCCCAAAACUCAUCGGAGGCCAUGGGCCUACCCCUUGCGAGCCCUCAAAAUGUUCUUGGAGUUGACGACGCGGUCGAAAUACCAUCAGAUGUUUUCAUGAUGAAUACAUUCGCCGAAUCUGGUGCGUCUUUGCUUGGAAGUUUAUCAAAAGUAAUAGAUUACAAUAACAUGGCCAUCGCCGCCUCAUCGUCCAACAGCGACCUUAAUGAUUGGCAAAUGGUACUCCCAUCUUGCGUCACCAAUAAUAUCUUCGAAUUCCCGCUAGCAGAAAUCGCCCGAUCUUCAGAAUUUCAGUUGUUUUCUACUAUGAAUGAUUUCCUAGUGGACCCAAUCCCAGAGGAUGAACACUCCAUUCUCGCAGAAGCCGUUGAGAAGUCAAAGUCCAGUCAACGUAAAAGUAAAACUAGCAAGGGUGCUGCCGUAGCAGGCCCCAAGACCAAGCGGAUUGAGAAAUCCAAAGCGCCAGCUCCCACUGAUAUGGCUCUUCGCCCAAAGCGGGGAGUGCGCUCAAAGAUAGCUUGCAUGAGAUGCAAAUUCAAUAAAAAUAAGUGUAUACCAAACCCAUAUGAUCCAAGUAGGCCAUGUUUAGAUUGCGAGGGUGCGAGCUACACAAUGACAACCCUUCCAUGUACUUACCAUGCUAUCACGGACUGCAUUUUAUUCCGAACUACAAAACUAGAGCCCCGGCAUCAAUUUUGGCUUGGUAUCACGAACCAGCCUCGCAAAAGCGACACUUCGGAUGAUUGGGUCAGGUUCGACUUUGCGAAUUCCAACGCAUACCCCCCUCUUGAUCUCGUUCAAUCUUGGCGCCCUACCGCCCAUAAAACUAUCGAGAUUUCUCAGGGAUAUGGGAGGUCGUUGGCUCUACAGAUCUGUAAAUAUGAACCUCAAGGGCCUCAGGACAUGGACAAUGCCGUACUUCCCCAUCCAUACUGUGUACUAGACCUAGCAGAGACGGAGAAGGCCAUUUCAGCUUUUGCAGCCGAAACGUUUCAGCAAUACUACGAAGCGAAAGUCAAUCAAGCCGACUCAAUCUCUUUAUAUGCCUUUAAAUUAGCGUAUCGCAUGCAAGCCUCGUCUCGCCUGCUCCGUAAUUGCCUUAAAAUGUGGACCUAUGCCCGGUAUAUGGAAGGUGGCUGGACUUUAUCGGGGUUGGACCUACUAGGAUUGGCGUCUAAUAGCGAUGGCAAAGCAAGGCUCAGUGACGCAUUCAUCAUUGAUUUCCAAAUCGAUGAAAUAUUCGUGCGACAGCUACUACAGCCAUCAAAAACGGCAAUUCUAGAAGAGCUACAAAAGAAGAUAUUAGGAAGAGAGCGGAAAUCAUGGCUGGUCAUCUUCCUUGCCUGCUUCAUCAUCCUGAGCAGCGUUGAGUUGCUGAUUAAGCAGCAACAGAGAACUAUACACCGGCGUAACCCAAACCGAAAUUAUCUUAACACCAGCCUCGUUCGUGACCUUUUUAAUAGUUCUAAAAUCAUCUUAUCGUACUUUCAUUAUCGGAAACCUGGUGACAAUCCUUUUGCGCAAGACUGGUAUUCCGGUAAAUUCGCGGAGAAAUUUCGAAAGUCCGCAGAUUUAGAUGAUGAACAGUUUCAGGUUAUUAGAUACAUCGCUACCGAGGCAAGAAAGAGGUUACCUGAGUUUAUAGAACUCACCAAGUCAAAUAGAUACACCGAAGAUUGCUGGUUCACUGGACAGCUAUUCUUGUCCGAUUGGCAUCCGCCAAAUAUUGCUUCCUAG